ACAAGAAGAAGAAGAAGAACAACAAGCAGAAGAAGAACAAGAACAAGAAGAAAACGAAGAAGAAGAAAACGACGACGACGACGAACAAGAAGGUUCAUUUUUUUCCCGUAACCACACGCACUUUCCCGAAUUUGUACAGAACGUGCUGAAUCCUCGUCGCAAGCGGAAAUUAACGUCUUGUGAUCGUCGUGUGAAAAUGUGUGCAAGAAGGAUGGCGGAGUACGAGGAGGAGGAGCCACAACUCCCCGAUGCUGCGUUCGCUCCGCAGCCUCAAAUUGUGCGAUGCACAGCAGAUAUCAGUGAUGAUCUUCAUUCUGAGCGGCAGAAACGAGAGCCCCCUCACAUUAAAGAGGAAGUGGAGGACGAAGAGGUCCCCCACAUCAAAGAGGACCCACAGCCCCCUUACAUGAAAGAAGAAGAGGACGAAGAGCACACCCACAUCAAACAGGAAGAGGAGGAGAACGAGGAUAUAGCCAAGUUUCCAUCGACCGGUGUCCCUUUGAAGAGUGAAGAUGAAGGUCAAAGUGAGGAGAGCAGAGGGGCGGAGCCUCCGUGCAGCAGCUCAAGUCAACACAUGACAACCGAAGGUGAUGGGGAAGACCACUGUGGAGGAUCACAAGCAGACGGCCUCUUCGCUCCACUGUCAGAUAGUGACGACACGUCACGCUCUUUUGACGAUGAUGAUGACGAACAGUCUGAAGUCGAUAUGACAUGUCACACUGACAACAAACAAUGGAAAUGUUCUCAGUGUGGGAAAACUUUUGCUUUUAAGAGCAAUUUGAAACAGCACAUGAGAAUACACACUGGAGAAAAACCUUUUGCCUGCCCAGAUUGUGGCCAAAUAUUUUCUCGGAAGGGAGACUUAAAAAUACACACAAGAACCCACACCGGUGAGAAACCUUUUCCCUGCGACGUUUGUGGUAAAAGAUUCACACGGAAGAGACACUUAAAAACACACACAAUAACCCACACUGGUGAAAAACCUUUUGCCUGCUCAGUUUGUGGUAAAAGAUUCUCUGAAAAAGGAAAUUUAAAAAAGCACACAAGAACGCACACUGGAGAUAAACCUUUUGCCUGUUCAGUUUGUAGCCAAAGAUUCUCGCAGAAGGGGAACUUAAAAACUCACACAAAAACACACACUGGGGAGAAACCAUUUGUCUGCUCAGUUUGCGGUAAAAGAUUCUCUGAAAAGGGAAGCUUAAAAAUACACACGAGAACCCACACUGGAGACAAACCUUUUGCCUGCUCAGUUUGUGGUCAAAGAUUCUCUGUCAAGGGAAGCUUAAAAAUACACACAAGAACACACACUGGAGAGAAACCGGUUGCCUGCUCAGUUUGUGGGAAAAGAUUUGCUGAGAAGGGAAGCUUAAAAAUCCACACAAGAAGCCACACUGGCGAUAAACCUUUUGCCUGCUCAGUUUGCGGUCAAAGAUUCACUCAGAAGAUCUAUGACAAUGCCAACGGCAAAUUCGGUAUUGUACAUGCUACUCCCUCCAUAAAUUCCCUGCCUGGCUGCCGUUGAGGUGGUCCUUAUUGCUCUGAAGGCAUUGAUUUUCCCACAGAAGUUUGUAUCUCAAAAAAUGUUCCUCAAACAAAAUUCAAACUGUGGAGGUAUAGAUAUUGCUCUAUAGUUGGGAAACUUAUGCUUUUUUUUUUUUUCAGGGGAAAAAAAAUAGCAGCUUGAAAAGAUAUUACAGAUUUAUGAAUGGUUGUACUAUGUUAUCUACAAUAACUUUUAUUUAUACCAUGUCAAUAUCUAAACUGUAUUUAUUUUUUUUAUUUUGAAGAGUUUGAAAUCGAUAUUCCUGGGCUGAGGAAUUUCUUUUGCUCGGUCACAACCAAUUAUCUCAUUCAACUCAUGAGCUACAUCUCAAUUUUGAUCCUUUAUCAAAUGUUCAGGGCAUUUUUCUUUUUUGGGAAACCAUUUUUAUAUACUAUUUUAAUACUCUCCAGAUUUCUUGUGAUAGAAUGUUCUUUCUUACUAGUUCAUAUAACAUUGGGUCAUUUUACGUUUUGUACUGCAUUUGAACAUAUUUUGUCCUUUUCGUUUUCUUUUUGCAUGCAUCAUCUGUCAUUUUUGUAAUCCAUGGCUUUUUUACAACACUGCUCUGUUUCCCGUGAGCUUUUUUUUAACGGGCACUGUUUUUCAGGAGCGCAUUAUGCCUCGAUCAAAUGACAGAAUUGUAGCCCCUAUAUUAGCCCGAUUAGCUAUUGUGGGUUAUUAUUUCUAUGGGUUGAAAUAAGUAUUUAACACGUCAUCAUAUUUCUCACUAUAUAUACUUUAUACCAAGCUGCUAUUGACCUGAAAAUGUCACCAGAACAUUUUCGGGAACAUCCCAAGUAAUGUAUACAUACAAAGAAAGCACAGGAAAUAAGCUCAGCAAUUAAGUUGUGUGCAAAAUGUGAAAUGACACAGGGGAAAAAGUAUAACAGAGUUGCAAAAAGGCCUGGAAAGCCAAGACAACACCGAAAAUCUGUCAAUAAUCAAACCGCAAUCCAGCCUCUUGAAUAUCAGCUGGUUCAGUCCUAAUUGAUGGCCUACAAAAAGGUCUCAUGGCCCGGGGCUGCUCCUUGGGUACUCCCACCACCCCAUUAUCGUUCCCUUGUCGGGUGCCCGUAUCCGCCCUCCUUUCCAACAGAAAAGGGACACUCUCCCGCCCCGGGCUGGGCCCUGCAGGCCUCCU